GCGAACACACCAAUGGCGAAGUAAACAAACACACACCCGCGGCCACGACGCAUCGACAUCGCGAAUGAAGCAACGUCCAAAUGCAGUAUCCAAUCAGUUCCGCUUAAUUGAAUACGACUAAGCGAUUGAGGACGUGCCAAUCUCAACUUUGAAUUAAUUUUUCCAAGUCGUAUCAUUCAAGAUGCUCGGAUGGAUGCUAGGGCGCGGGGACAACGCGCCGGACGCGAUGGACACUGGCGACACCGCAACUAUCGAGAUGCCAGAUACUCCUGCUCCCGUUUUUGCUGCCAGAGCCUUCAAGAGUGCGCUCUUCGGCACUCCCGUCCGAGAUGCGCAGCGAGCAUCGCGGGACAAGGCUAGAGCGGCGAAAUCGACAGCUUUCACGACGGAUCAAGGUUCGGAUACUCCACUGAAGCCACAAGGGAUCCUAUUGACACCUGGUACGGGAGCCUCGAGGCGGAAACGCGUAUCAUUCAACCAUGAUCUUGCCACGACGAAGACCAUUUCCCCAAAUAACGAGGGGGUUGCCGUCAGCAAGCGAACUCGUUUAUCCGAUGUUCUCGAUAAAGCAAGGCGCAAAAGCACCACCAACGUUUCCAAACAGACAGAAACCUUUACUGCCAAAGAUGAGUCGGACGAGUCGGACUGGGAAGAUGAGCUCUACGAUGAAAAUGGCGACUUUAACGGCCAAGAUCUUACAGUAGACCUGAACGAGCCACAUUCUCAAUCUGGCAAAUACUGGAAAGAGCAGUUCGAAAAAUAUCAUCAAGAAGCGCGGGCGGAAAUGGAGAAGCUACUUAAAUACAAGAAACACCUCAAAUCUUAUGCGGAGGAGAAAGAUUUAGAAGCCAUCCAUCUGGCGCAGAGACUCAAAGAAGAACAAGAAAAGGUGGUUGCCAUGGAGAAGAAGAUUGCAGAAAACGCAAACUACAUGGUAUCAAAACAGAAAGGAGCCUCCAGCAGUAACGAGACAACAGAGUUAUUGUCAACCCUAACAAAGCAAACUGCUCUUGCGGCCCAGUACCGGCAUAGGGUUCAGGAAUUGGAAGCCCAGCUUGAAGAAUUGCAUCAGGGACGAGAAGACGACGACGAAGCAAGAGAGUGGAGGCGGUUACAAGGCACGACGUCGCCUAACACAGCAAAAACUAUAAUCGAAACUCAGCGGGAGUUGCGACGAUCUCGAGCGCAACUCAAGGAGCUGGAUGCCUUACGCAGCCAAGUAUCCUCACUCAAGGCUCAGCUAAAGACUGCCGAGCAACGGAGGAUUACAGAUUUUUUAACCACUGACGAGUCAAACGACACGUCGAAAGUGAGGGAUCUCAAGGCACAGCUUAGGCAGGCAAGAGAAGAAUCAUCAAAAAAAGACGACGAACUUCGUCAGUUGAAGAAGGAUUUUGACGUGUUCAAGAAAGAGAGUGAAGCUCACGAUGCGGAUACCAAAGCCGUUCUCGAGCGCGCUCAAACCAAGAUUUCGGAUCUCAAAAAAGAGCUCAAGAUCCUCAAGGCCGGGGAGUUGACUAACACAGCCCAGCCUGGAGGUUGGAAUCGCAAAUCCGGGAAUGAUAAAGCUGCAAGAGACGAAGACGAUGAAGAGAUGUUAUCAAGGCCCCCUGUGGCUACGAAUGGGGUUCGAAGGAGUAUUGACGUAGCAGACCUUGAAAGGCCCCGGCAACUCCCCGAGGCAAGCAGUUCCAAACUUCGCACCUUACGAGACAAGUAUCGAAGGGAUGCCACACCGAGAGCGGCAACAAAGUCAAGGGACGCAAUUGAAGCCCCGAGCGAUCAAUCAAACGACGAGAAGCCGGGGUGGAAGCCAUUUAUGCCGAGGUCGUCUACUAAGAGAAGAGCCUCGCUGAGUAGAGAAGCGCCAAAGAGAAACCAAGCUGGCAAUGAAGUGCCUGUGUCUUCUGGAGAGGAGAAUAUUGCACUCCACAAAGUGCCUAGGCUGGCGAAACCCACAAUUCACCCCAAGACAUCAUCGUCUUCCGAAGACAUAGACGUCGACGUCGACCUUUUACAAGACCAUUUUGCUCGCCUCGGCGGACCCGAUGUGGGCAAAGGCAAACUUAAAGACGUAUCCAACGACAGUAAUAGCAAGCGAUCGCUACCACCGGAGCGUCGAGCUGCCGCCCUCGCUCGGAUCGAGAAGAGAAUGGCCGAAAAGAGAGCCCGGCGACGGGAUGGAACUGACAAGGAAAAUGUGAGGCCAUAAGAAGAUAAUGAGGCUCUGUUUAGGAGCUAUCUAGCGUGUUCUAGUUGCUUUGAUUUAGGGAUCAGCGUGGUGUUUGCAAUAUUGUGUUUUAACAGCAAAGGGAGACGGUAUGAACAGGGUUCUAUUAUCAGCGAAAGCGAUUGUAAUAAUGCAAGCGGAAAGCUCUCUUGCAGAUCUGUUACGGUGCUUGGAUUGAACUCUUUUUCCGGGUUUUUGUAGUAAUUCUCAUAUACCUAUUUGUUAGUGGCUGGAAGAUGUUAGGACGUGGGUGUGAGUCUGUGUAUCUAGCAUAUCACACGGGUCUAAUGUGCAAUCAACAAGCCG